AUUUGAUAAAUAUUUAUUUCUUAUGAUCUAAGGAGAACAUCAUAUAAUAGAUAAUUAUAAAAUACUGCUCAACUGCCCAAUUGGCAAAGGAUAAUAUGGAUGUGUGUAUGAUUGUUAGAUGCUUAACAAUGUUGGUUAACCUGCUGAAUUAUGUGCCAAAGUAUUAAUGAUUUUAUUCUAGAUAAUGCUAGUACAUGAUAAUACUUAAAAGAAAUAUUCAGACGGAGAGAAAAGAAUCUCAGAGAUUAUUUGUGACAAUUAAAAUAAUUAAAACUUGGUGAGAAUCUACUUUGUAAAAGAAAUCCCAGAAUAAAAAAAGUUGUUAAUAAUUAUGGAAAAGUGUGAAUCAAAUUUAUAAUAAUUAUGGGAAAAAAAAACUAAAUUUAAUGAUGAAGAAAUAUAUGAUUUUUUAGAUCAAUUUUUAAAUGGAUACAAAGUCCUUUACAACAAAGAUAUUAUGCAUAGAGAUAUCAAACCUGAAAAUAUACUUAUUAAAUACAUAAAUGGAAAAACAAUUUAUAAAUUAGCUGAUUUUGGAAUUGGAAAAAUUUACAAAGCUAAUGAUUUUAAAUUCACAAAAAUCGGUACUCCAGCUUAUGCUGCUCCAGAAAUUAAUUCUUCUAUUAAUGAUGAUGAAUUAAACUAACGUUUUUUAAAAACGAAAAAUUAAUUCGAACAUUCAAGAAGUCAAGUGGAUGUAUUUUCUGUAAGUUAUAUUCAUAAUUUAGCUUGGCGUAAUUUUAUAUUAGUUAGUUUUUGGUGAUUAUCCAUUUAAAAAAACUGCUCAGGGUAUUGUUGAUUUUGUGAAUGGUUUAAAAAAUAAACCAUUGAAACUUUAAGGAAAUUCCUAAUUUAUUGGAUAUAUUGAAAAUAUGUUAAAAUAUUAUCCUGAUGAAAGACUGGCCUUUCAUUAUUUAAUAACAUAAAUGGAGUCUAAAAAAUAAUUAAGAUAAACUUUUACUAAUAAUACGGAAUUUCUAUUAUUUUAAGUUUUAAAAGGAAACCAAAAUAAAAGUGGCUCUUAAAAACCUUUCCAAUCUUUUAAUUAAAAUAAUAAUACCUAACAAUAAUCUUAAUUUUAAAAUUAAUAAGCAAAUAAUAAUUAACAAUAAAAUCCUAAAAUAAAUACAAUUAAUAGUGGGCAAUAAUAAUAAUUCAAUACCUUUCAAAACGGAACUUAAACAUUUUAAAAGGAAGUUCAAAAUAAUAAUUUCAGACUAACAAAUUAGUCUUGGAAUACUUAUUAAAAGAUUAAAGAACACAUAGAAUAUUUAAUGUAAUAUAGAUAUAUAAAGUUAGGAAUAACCAAGAAGAAAUAUUGAUGGAUAACCCUAAAUUUCAAUUUCGGUUAGUAAUUAAUAAUUAUAACAAUAAUAAUAUCACAAUCUAACAGUUAUAAAAUCUUUUAAAUGCUUAUCCAAUUAAAGAGGGUAAAAUCCAAAAAUAUGAAUUUAAGACUUUAACUUAUUUUUAUUGCUUAUUAGCAGCUAUAAGUUAAUAACAAAAUAUUCAAAUUGUUGAUGACACGAGAAUGAGAGAAGAGUUAACUAAAUAUUUUAACAAUUAAAAUCCAAAAAAAUGA